CCCGCUGCUCCCUUCCUCAGUGCAGUCAGUCGCACACCUUCGCCCGCCACCGCCGGCUAGCCACCUCAUGGCCGCGGCCAAGGCCACCGGCGUGGCCGCGGCGGCGACCUCCGCAGUGUUCCGGAGCAACCAGGAGCUCACGCGCCUGGCGCGUUCGGGACAGCUGGCCGCGGCACGCCGCCUGUUCGAUGAGAUGCCCCACCGCAACACCGUCUCCUACAACGCCAUGCUCUCCGCGCUCGCGCGCCACGGCCGCCUCGCGGACGCGCGACGCCUGUUCGACGAGAUUCCACGCCGCAAUCUCGUCUCCUGGAACGCCAUGAUCGCGGCCUGCUCUGACCACGGCCGUGUAGCGGACGCCCGGGAGCUGUUCGACGCAAUGCCUGCCCGGGACGACUUCUCCUGGACGUUGAUGGUCUCCUGCUAUGCACGCGCGGGGGAGCUCAAGCUUGCCAGGGAGACGCUCGAUCGAAUACCUGGGAAGAAGUGCACGGCAUGCUACAAUGCCAUGAUCUCUGGAUACGCGAAGAAUGGCAGGUUUGAUGACGCGGUGACGUUGCUGCGGGAAAUGCCGGCCCCUGACAUAGUUUCUUGGAACUCGGUGCUGGUCGGGUUGACCCGCAAUGAGAAAAUAGUUCGGGCGGCCCAGUUCUUUGACGAGAUGCCGCAAAGGGACAUGGUGUCCUGGAACUUGAUGCUGGAGGGCUAUGUGCGCGCUGGAGAUCUCAAUGCGGCUGCUGGCUUAUUUGAGAGAGUUCCGUCACCUAAUGUCAUCUCUUGGGUCACCUUGCUCAAUGGUUAUUGCCAGGCAGGGAGGAUUGGUGAGGCGAGAGAAUUGUUCGACAGAAUGCCUGAACGGAAUGUGGUGUCUUGGAAUGUGAUGCUUGGUGGGUAUUUGCGGCUUUCGCACAUGGAUGAGGCCUAUAGAUUGUUUUCAGAGAUGCCAGAUAAGAACUCAAUUUCGUGGACGACAAUGAUAAGUGCAUUAGUGCGUGCUGGGAAGCUCCAAGAAGCAAAGGAUAUGCUGAACAAGAUGCCUUUUGAUAGUUUUGCAGCGAAGACUGCACUGAUGCAUGGCUAUCUGCAGAGCAAGAUGAUCGAUGACGCACGCCACAUCUUUGAUGCACUUGAGGUCCGAGAUGCGGUGUGCUGGAAUACAAUGAUAUCUGGCUAUGUCCACUGUGGAAUGCUUGACGAGGCCAUGGUGUUGUUCCAGCAAAUGCCAAACAAGGAUAUGGUUUCUUGGAACACCCUGAUUGCUGGCUAUGCCCAAGAUGGUCAAAUGCGCAAGGCAGUAGGUAUAUUCAGAAAGAUGAAUCAGAGGAAUGCAGUAUCGUGGAAUUCAGUUAUCUCCGGGUUUGUUCAGAAUGGGCUCUGUUUCGAAGCACUCCAAUAUUUCCUGCUCAUGAGAAGGGAUGCAAAGAUGGCUGAUUGGUCUACAUAUGCGAGUUGUCUCAGCGCAUGCGCGGACUUGGCUGCUUUGCAAGUCGGGAGGCAAUUCCACAGUCUUCUUGUCAGGAGUGGGUAUAUCAGUGAUUCCUUUGCUGGAAAUUCCCUGAUUUCUGCAUAUGCCAAGUGUGGACGGAUCUUAGAAGCAAGACAAAUAUUUGAUGAGAUGGCAGGUCAGGACAUUGUUUCAUGGAAUGCGCUCAUUGAUGGCUAUGCUUCUAAUGGUCGUGGGACCGAGGCUAUUUCAGUUUUCCGAGAAAUGGAAGCCAAUGGUGUCCGACCCGACGAGGUCACAUUUGUGGGUGUCUUGUCAGCCUGUAGUCAUGCAGGAUUAAUUGACGAAGGAUUGCGUUUCUUCAACUCGAUGACAAAAGAAUACUCAUUACAGCCUGUGGCUGAACACUACGCUUGCAUGGUGGAUCUACUUGGAAGAGCUGGGAGACUGAGCGAAGCCUUUAACCUUGUUCAGGGAAUGCAGAUCCAGCCUAAUGCUGGUGUAUGGGGUGCAUUGCUUGGAGCAUGCCGGGUGCACAAGAACGACGAGCUCGCGCAGUUUGCAGCUGAGAAGUUAUUCGAACUGGAACCUCGCAAGACCUCGAACUAUGUUCUGCUGUCGAACAUCAGCGCGGAGUCGGGCAAGUGGGAUGCAGCUGAAAACAUGAGGACCUUGAUUAAAGAAAGGGGAGUGCAUAAACCACCUGGUUUAGCUGGAUCAACAUAGAGAAUUAGGCUCGCACCGUCUCUUGUAAUGAUCUGCAUCAGACUCUUGCCUGCUAAAUCCUGUCUGAGCGCCGGAAUUGUCAUGCCGGCAUUGAUGCAGCGCAUGUGCUUGAGGCAGUGAAUCAGUGAUACAGCACAGCUGUGGAGUGAGAACAGCAGGGUUCCUCGGAACUUAACUCGAGCUUGGUUCUUCUUCUCUGUUGAAUUCCUGCUGAAGCUCCGUGUUACCACUCGACUAUGGUGUUUAUGACGCUUCCGUCAGAAGUCCUCAGCUCUGGACCAUUGUGCUUAGCAGGCAGCGGUUGGUACCUUAUUUCACUAGAAAUGUAGAGUGGAUUGCAUGGUGCAGCAGUGCAGGCAGGGCUGAUGAAAGUCUUAAUUGGCCAUGUUUAAAUCUGUCAUCUCCUGGAAAAGGAUAGGAGGAUCCCGUUGCAACGUUGAUGCUACAAAUCAUAAAUCUGAUGAAGCCAUACAGACUUAGCAACUCUAAUGUCCCUGAUUCUAUUUGAGACCGGAACAACAUUUAACUAUUGCGUGUGAAUAGUUGUAAUUUCAUAUAUCUUUUCGUAAAUAGGACAUUUACAACAAAUUACAUGCUCGCAUAGGAGGCCUGGCGACCACGGGUGUACGUGCACAACGAGCUGAAGAUCUGCAGGCUGUUGUCUGCCUGUCUUGGAGGUGUGACCACAAAUAAGUUUUCAAGGGCAUCUCCGAUGCUGACCCAAAC